AUGGUGCAGGAUUUUGCUGCUGCUGGGCUUCGACUGGGUAGCUUGAUCACCCGCAAUCGCUCUUUGCGCAAAGCCGUAGCGUGCAACAUGCGGUUCCACAAUCCGUCUGGCAUAUCCGUUGCCAUUGGGACGGCCAUUCUCGAGGACAGAGACUUUGUCGCGUCUUUUGUUCGUCUGUCGCAGGAAAGGCUCCGGGACAGCCACCUCCAUACCACCAAGGUGCUGGACGCCGCCGGCGUCAAAUACGAAAGGGGGAACGCUGGCUUCUUUGUUUUCAUCGAUCUGGCUCCGUGGCUCGAACACGCCGAGCCAGGACAAAAUCGAGAAUUCGUCCUCGCGCAAAAGCUGCUCGAGGCAGGCGUCGGCCUCCACCCAUGCGAGGAGCAUGCAGAGAAAGAGGGCCAGUUUCGACUUGUCUUCAGCCAGGACAGGGAGACACUCCAAGAAGGCCUCAGGCGGUAA